AUGGUCAACUUCACUAUCGAGGAGAUCCGGUCCCUCAUGGACCGCCAGGCCAACAUCCGUAACAUGUCGGUCAUUGCUCACGUCGAUCACGGAAAGUCCACCCUCUCCGACUCCCUCGUGCAGCGUGCCGGUAUCAUUUCGGCUGCCAAGGCUGGUGAGACUCGUUUCAUGGACACCCGUCCUGACGAGCAGGACCGUUGCAUUACCAUCAAGUCCACCGCCAUCUCCCUGUAUGCUCAGUUUCCCGAUGAGGAGGAUCUCAAGGAGAUUCCCCAGAAGGUCGAUGGCUCUGAGUUCCUGAUCAACCUGAUCGAUUCUCCCGGUCACGUUGACUUCUCCUCUGAGGUCACUGCUGCUCUCCGUGUCACUGACGGUGCCCUGACCGAGACCGUGCUGCGUCAGGCCCUGACCGAGCGUAUCAAGCCCGUCCUGAUCAUCAACAAGGUUGACCGUGCUCUUCUGGAGCUUCAGGUCUCCAAGGAGGACCUCUACCAGUCCUUCUCCCGUACCAUUGAGUCCGUCAACGUCAUCAUCGCUACCUACUUCGACAAGGUCCUUGGUGACUGCCAGGUCUACCCCGACCGUGGUACCGUUGCUUUCGGUUCCGGUCUCCACGGCUGGGCUUUCACUGUCCGCCAGUUCGCCGUCAAGUACGCCAAGAAGUUCGGUGUUGACCGCAAGAAGAUGCUUGAGCGUCUCUGGGGUGACAACUACUUCAACCCCAAGACCAAGAAGUGGUCCAAGACUGGUGAGGCUGAUGGCAAGCCCCUUGAGCGUGCCUUCAACCAGUUCAUCCUGGACCCCAUCUUCAAGAUCUUCAACGCUAUGAUCUGUAUCCACCUGCCUUCUCCCGUCACCGCCCAGAAGUACCGUGCUGAGACUCUCUACGAGGGUCCCAUGGAUGAUGACUGCGCCAUUGGUAUCCGUGACUGUGACGCCAAGGCUCCUCUCAUGCUUUACGUCUCCAAGAUGGUUCCCACCUCUGACAAGGGUCGUUUCUACGCCUUCGGUCGUGUGUACUCCGGUACCGUCCGCUCUGGUCUGAAGGUCCGCAUCCAGGGUCCCAACUACACCCCUGGCAAGAAGGAGGAUCUGUUCAUCAAGAACAUCCAGCGUACCAUUCUCAUGAUGGGUCGUUUCGUUGAGCCCAUCGAGGAUGUCCCUGCCGGUAACAUCGUCGGUCUGGUCGGUGUUGACCAGUUCCUGCUCAAGUCUGGUACCCUUACCACCUCCGAGACUGCCCACAACCUCAAGGUCAUGAAGUUCUCCGUGUCUCCUGUCGUGCAGCGCUCCGUCGAGGUCAAGAACGCCCAGGAUCUGCCUAAGCUGGUCGAGGGUCUCAAGCGUCUGUCCAAGUCUGACCCUUGUGUCCUGACCAUGAUUUCCGAGUCUGGUGAGCACGUCGUUGCUGGUGCUGGUGAGCUGCACCUUGAGAUUUGCUUGAAGGAUCUCGAGGAGGACCACGCUGGUGUCCCUCUCCGCAUCUCCGACCCCGUCGUCUCCUACCGUGAGACUGUCGCUGGCACCUCCAGCAUGACUGCCCUGUCCAAGUCUCCCAACAAGCACAACCGUCUCUACGUCACUGCUCAGCCCCUUGACGAGGAGGUCUCCCUCGCCAUCGAGGCUGGCAAGAUCACCCCCCGUGACGAUUUCAAGGCUCGUGCCCGUCUCCUUGCUGACGACUACGGCUGGGAUGUCACCGAUGCCCUGGUCACUCGCGAGAGUCCUGUUGCUGAGGAGCCCAUGCGCUCUAUCCGCUUCAACGUCCUUGAUGUGACCCUGCACGCUGAUGCUAUCCACCGUGGUGGUGGUCAGAUCAUCCCCACCGCUCGUCGUGUGCUGUAUGCCGCUGCCAUGCUGGCUGACCCUGGUAUCCUGGAGCCCAUCUUCAACGUCGAGAUCCAGGUGCCCGAGCAGGCCAUGGGUGGUAUCUACGGUGUCCUCACCCGUCGUCGUGGUCACGUCUACACCGAGGAGCAGCGCCCUGGUACUCCUCUGUUCAACGUCAAGGCCUACCUGCCCGUCAACGAGUCCUUCGGUUUCUCCUCCGACCUCCGUCAGGCCACUGGUGGUCAGGCUUUCCCCCAGCUGGUCUUCGACCACUGGGCUGUCCUCCCUGGUGGCUCUCCUCUCGAUGCCUCCACCAAGCCUGGUCAGAUCGUCAAGGAGAUGCGUACGCGCAAGGGUCUCAAGCCCGAGGUUCCUGGCUACGAAAACUACUACGACAAGCUGUAA